AUGUCCAAAAUCUUCGACCAAGUAGGGGUAUCAAUCGCCAAUCAUGGCAAGAACUUUGUCGCGCUUUACAAGACUCAUAUCAACGCGGCACAACGUACCGAGAAAGUCCAUAACGGAAGAAACGUCAAGCUCGUUGGAGAGAAGUGUUUUGAGCGCCUCUUUGCCGAUUCUCUUUUUCGUGCUCUGCCACAAAAGAAAGGCAUAUCUGAGGCUGACCGCGUUAUCAAGUUUACGGGCGGGUACAUACGUUUCGUCAAUGAGAAGGCCGCGGAGGAGAAGGCGGAAGCUGACCCAGACGAGGAUCCAGACGACGACACAACCGCUUCGCGUUUCACGGCGUUUCUGCUGAGGAGCCUCCUGCCAGGUUUUGAGGCAAAGGACAAAAAUGCACGGUAUCGGACACUUCAGACGGUAGCGGAGAUGGUUUCUCAUUUAGGCGAAAUUGACGAAGACCUAUACGAAGAGCUUCGUGCUGCCCUUUUGGAUCGCAUGGAAAGGGAUAGAGAAGCGGCUAUUCGCCUCCAAGCCACCAUCUCAGUAGCCAAGCUUUGUGGAGCUGAAGACCCAACUGUAGUCGAAGCAGGCGAAUCUGGUUCAAAAAAGCUUCAGUUGACUUUGGUACACGACCCUGCUCCAGAAGUCCGCCGUGCUGCGCUUCUCAACCUUCCAAUCAACGAAAAGACCCUACCACUCAUACUCGACCGAACGAGGGAUACAGACGAUACGAAUCGCAAGCUAGUCUACAAUGCUGUCCUGGAAGCCAACGUGACGCAGGGCCCAACCGAUCCACGCGCAUUGACCAUCGCUCAAAGAGAACUGAUCGUUAAAAAUGGGCUGGGCGACCGAGUUCCCGCUGUGCGAGCUGCUGCUGCAUCCCUCAUUGCCCGCUGGGUGGAGACAGAGAACAGUGGAGUGCUGGCCCUCCUCAAGCUCUUUGAUUUAGCAAACGGAGGCGUUGCUGCUGAUGCACUGUUGAGCAUCUUUACGACCAAUGAAACUAUUUUUGAUAAUCUUGUAUUUGGAGACAACUAUUGGGUGAACCUCACACCUGAAAGCGCCUUCCUCGCACGCGUCUUUGUUGACCAUUGUAAAGCGACGAAAGAUGAAGUAAGGCUGGAAGCUGCUUUACCCGUUGUCACUGCUUUGGCGUUCCGGAUACAAGACGCCUACAACAAGCUGUUGGAGGGUAACGACAUCGACGCCGAGGAAAGGCUGCUUGGCAGCAUAAAAAGGAAUGAUAAGGAGUUUGUGAUUUCAGAACUUUUAAAACUUGCUGUCAAUUUGGACUACACGGACGAAAUUGGGAGGAGAAAGAUGUUCAAGCUCGUUCGUGACAUGCUCUCAAAGGAGGCCCUUCCUCAAAGCCUUGUUGCAUCUUCUCUUGAUGUCCUUCGGGAGUUGACGGCCAAUGAACGUGAUCUCAUUCGUGUUGUCGUUGAGAUCAUUCAAGAACUCCGCGAAGAUGAUGAAGACGGAGAAGAGCCAGCACCAGAUGCCGAUGCAGAGACAAACUUCGGCGAUACCCCAGCCACUGUCAAGCCUCCACGCCUAUCCCUCUUCCAGAGGCCUAGAGAGGAGCUUUCCGAUGCACAAAGGAAACGAACGGACCACAUUGACCUCAAGUGUCUAUCUAUGUGCGCUGCUAUGCUUGAACGCGUUAAUAGCACGUUUGAAGAAAACUUGACGUUGGAGGGCAUACUUGGAGAGCUGAUCCUUCCCUCAGUGAGGCGAGACGACGUGCCCCUAUUCAAAGAGAAAGCCGUACUAUGCUUGGGUUUAUGUUGCCUCAUUUCAACAAAAAUUAUAUUGUCUUCAAUCGAUUACUUCAUGAAAAACAUCCCUAAGGAAGAGGGCAACAUCAAGAUCGUGCUCAUCCAGUCUCUGUUUGAUCUGCUCAUGACCCAUGAUGCGGCUCUCUCCAGAACGCAGGGCGGAAGUGAAAGUCGGGACAAAGCCACCCAAUUUCUGAUAGAAUUACUGGAUGACGACACAAACGAGAAAGUGCUCGCACUGCUUUGCACGGGAAUCGCCAAGCUAGUUCUGAAUGGUAUGAUCACGGACCAAAACGCGGUUCGAAAGCUGGUCGAGAUGUACGUGUCACCGAAGACGGCAAGCAACCAGGAACUUCGCCAACACUUGACUUUCUCCCUGCCAGUUUAUAGCUAUUCGUCGCCGCAGAAUCAAUUAACCAUUGUGCGGAUAUUUAUCCCUGUCUUGCUCAAUGCUUCUGAAGUACGAAAGAAGCUCGACGAAGAUACGGAGAUGGUCAGUUCAUCACAACUGUCUCUGAUGUUCUUGGAUUGGACGGACCCUUUCAAAUUGGCAAACCGACCUAAUCAAGCUUGCUAUGGCAAGAUUGAUAGUGAGUUGAACAGUUCAACUGACAUGCUCAUCCUGAUCUUUUUCAAAGAGGAGGACAAGAAAGUCUUGUGCCAGAUGUUGACCAAGCUGCACAUUCCGGACAAAAUCGAUGACGACGAGAUAAAGCGCUUCAAAGUUCUUAUCAGCAACCUGCGGGAGCGGCACCCAGUACGCGACGCGACAAGCAAGACUGCUUUCAACAAGUUUGAGGGCAUGAUUGCCAAAAAGUUCGAGAAGCAGUUGGAGGGCUUUGACUCGGAAGAGUACAGGAAGUUGGAAAGUCUUCAAGAGUUGUUCGCAUUUUUGGACGAUAUUAUACCAGAUGAUGACGACGACGAGGUUAUUGAUAUUGAUCUCAAGAGGAAAGGGAGGAAGAGGUGA